UCUGAAUACACCGAGUUGAUUUGUUGCAAUCGCGUACUUUUAUUUACGUUUUCACACUCUUUAAAACUCGUCCGAUAGUCCAGUGGUGAACUAAAUGCGCUAUAUCUUCGUGCCUUGCAACACAAUAUACACAUGUAAAAUGGGUUUUGACAGAGAAAGCUCUCAGAUAUUAACUGUUGAAGUUCUCAUUGAGCAUAGAGCUGGGAAGCAGGCUUUGUUCCAGUUGGCACGUUACGCCAAAAAAAGUUAACCAUUCACGUUCACUUGUUAUUCGAAAAAUAGUCAAUCAUACUCAGAAUCUGUUUAGCAUUCUUUAAUCUGUCGUUUAGCAUACACUGUUGUCCUGCUCUAAUUCUGCAAAGUGACGCAAGCGACAUUACCAAUUUCGACACAUUUUUUGUUAUUCUGCAUUACACCUUGAAAAUUCUUAAUUUUACAACAAGAACUUGCAUGCACGUAUAGCAGGCUUACCGCAAAGUUAUCAGUUCUAGAGAUAUAACGUCACGAUUUGGAAUGUCGUUUACGUUUUCUUGCAGAAUUACGGCAGUGUGUGGUAUACUUAUAUUACGACAAUGAUUUUUUCUUCAGGGCCUAACUGACUUGAUCGAUUUCUCUUCGUCGACUCUCUCUUUCGCUAAUAACUUGAUCAACACAAACUAAAUCAUUUUUUUUUUGUUUCUAGAGCAAGAUGCAGUCGUCUUCUUCGAAUUCAACCAAAAUGUGUUUGGAAAACUUAAUACACUUUCCGUAAUAACACAAAGAGAGGAUCGAUGAAGAGAAAUCGAAAAUAUCAGUUAGGCCCUAAUGAAGAAUCAGUGUCGAUUUUGUAUGUAUUUCUAAAACUGAAUAUGAUAAAUCAACAUUGGCCCAUAUGGCCGAAUUAGUUAACGUGGAUAAAACGCGGUAAAAUGCGUUCGAUUCCCGAUUUCUGAUCAUUUUGUAAUGGAAAUAUUACUGAUUUCCUUGGACACAAACUAUUUUCUUGCCUACCACACGACAUGCAUAACGGCCAAGAAGGCUCUCGGUUAAUAACUAUAUAAGUACUCAUUAGGGUGCCAAUGAAAAUCGACUUUUCGAAUUUCGAAAACGGGUAGUGCUCAAAAGAUUUGACUUCUCAAAAAAAGUCACCAUACAAAAUUUCAGCUCAAUCGGACUUCGUUAAGGGGUGGCCCAAAGCGGUCAAAGUUUGGCUGCUUUGAAACAUGAAAAAAGUCCCAAGGUAGGGAGGGAUACAUGAAAAUUUCAAAAUCGAAAUUUUUUGUUUGACGCCAAAUGUCUUAAAAGUGCAUGAAACGUCAAGAUCUGGUGUUAUCUCGAAAAAAAAUUUUUUUGAAAAAGAUUGACUUUUUAGGACUUAGAAAAUUUUCGAGUUGGGUAGUGAAAUGAAUUUGAAAUAGACGAUUUGAAUUUAAUUGCUGAGAUAUUCAUGGCAAUAGUACUGAAACCUGUCUUAUAUCAUCGUUGGCAACUGCUAGCAUACUACACGGAACUACAAAUGAACCCAAAUUUAAGUUGUUUUGACGCAAUCCCGGUCUUCCGUGGAAUUACUCAAAUUUGCGUCAAACAGCAAUAGUGCCGAGUGAGUAGUUCUCGUUUGAGAGCGGCAAAAAAAUUAACCCAGUGGUAAGUUAUUUUCACCCAACGGAGGCCUCAAUUGACGCAAAUUUGGGUUAACUCAAGAAAACCCAAAUUUGGCUUCUUCCACGGAAGAACAGCGGAAACCGACGCGCUUCUCUCUUUGUUUUCGAAAACAUUGCGGUGGGGCGAGGGAGAAAACAACCCAACUUUGAGUUAAAACUUUAAGCAGUUUAGUCAAAUUUGAGUUUUUAAAACUUAUUCUUUGGGUUAUAAUAUUUUUCCGUGUAUAUGAUAUAUUUCGUUAGGGUGGUUCACUUAUUUUGAAUUAGGGUGGUCCUUUUUGUAGAAAAAUGAAAAAAAAAGUAUUAAAAGUAUAUAAAGCAAUACCAUUUAAAAAAGUCUUAUAUUAUCGUUAGCCAUUAUCAAUAUAAUAUUCCAUUAGGGUAGCUUAUUUAUUUUCCACUAGUGGUUCUUUGAGUUGGAAAUCAAUAUUUUUCGUAUAGCUUAUAACCUAUUCUCACAAAACUUUCCAAAAUGCCUAUCUAACAUCACUCCUAUCGUGCUGUUUCAUUAAUUACGGCAUCAAUAUAGUAAUUUCAACCGAUUUCUUGCGUUGUGUUGCGUUGCGUUGCGUUGCAUGGUAACGGAGUAAUUCGCAUACUGAAAGUUGUCAUGCUAAAACUUUAAUACUCCUAUUCCGAUUGCUUAUGGAAUGCUAUUUGGGAAGGAACAGCUAUCCAAUCAGAGGUUGAAGUAGAAAAGACUUGAGAACUUCCAUUGCCGGCCACGCCCAUCUUCUCCGUUACGAGGAUAGGAAAGGAUGUGACGAUAUGACACCUACUUUAUGAAAGGCCAGCGACUCACCGGCGCCCCCAUAGGUGCCAAGGAGUUGGAUAUUAGGAAUGGGUUGAUAGGGGAUUCACUAUAAGCAAGUGAUGCGGCAAAAUUCAGAUUGUGUAAGUGUAUUUGAGUGUAGAUGUGUUGGUAUGAGUGUAAGUGUUUUAGUAUAUCACCGACGUUGGAAGUGACGUAGCUAAAAGAUUUUGUCACUCCGUGGGCCUUUUCGAUUCCAGGAUGGGGCACAGGCAUUUGGACCAUGUGUCCUGGCUAACAAGCCUAGGCUUAAGCGCCAUUGCUCGCUCUCUGAAACGAAAAGAAAAACAAUGUUGCCUACCGUAAUUACCUGUUGCGUAAUCUUCGUGGUUAGUAUGGGAAGGGAUAGUAGGGAAGGGACGAUAUCUAUUUAACAAGAGGCCAGCGACUCACCGACACCCUCGUAAAUAGAAAGAAGUUGGGAUUUUGGUCAAGGAUUCACAUGGGUAUGCGGUUCUACUGUGUCCCAGACUGUCUAGCGAGCCGACACGAGUAGGGUCGUCCUUAGGUUCCACGAAGGUGGUCGGAGAGCGGCCGAUGAAGCGGAAACCUUCUUUACAGGCCGGGCGGCAGUUCGACAGUUGGUCUCGUGACAAACAGUCGUGUUUCUCCGGCGCGAAUUACUUCUCGAGCAAUAAUCCUCAGCGAAGCGCGCUUACCCUCUGUAGUUAGCCGAUACUAAAUUAUCUGGUAUAUCUUUUGUGAGUUUAUCACCACAUAAGUGAUGUUGCCCAGCCAGACAACAGAUCUGUCUCCAAAUAAGUGAUUUUCCAAGCCUCAGCUGCGACGAAAAGAACGCUUACGAGAGGCACAUAGUGGAAGUGAUAUAAAUACCCAUUGAAUACACACGUCCUAUAGAAACGGCAGCAUUACUAUCACACAAAGAGUGUGAGUCAUUUUGCUUUGUUCAAUUCGAGACAGAUUGCGCCGUUCCGGACGGUGGAGAAUUUGUUAAAAAGUAAGGUGAUAAAGUUGCAACCAUAAGUGCGAACAAGGGUGAAUAAAAUGCGAAGUACACCUGGCCCCUUUGAGGGGCCGGGACCGUCAAAUAUGUUAGGAGGACAAUUCACGGGACGUAGCUUCUCUGAAUGGGGUGACCUCCAAGGGAACCAUGGUGACCUAGUCAUGCUACGAAUGGAAGCUGCCACAGGAUCAUUGCCAAAUGCUCCAUUCCUGUUGAGAAAAUCGGUUGAAGCGUAUCUGGGCGUACCGAUUGAUGGAGUCUUCCUCGAGGCCAAAGGAACUGCGUACGUAUUGAAGCUAAGGAACGAGCGUCUGGUUCAACGUUUGAAGAAAAUGAACCAGCUGACGGACGGUACCGCGAUAAGAAUCAUCGAACAUCCGGUUCUCAAUAAAACGAAAUGCGUAAUUAGUUGCAAGGAUACGGUUGGCUAUACAGAUAAAGAAUUAAAAACAGAGCUCCAGGACCAGGGGGUCGUAGACCUCCGACGUAUCACUCGCUCGGAAGGGAAGGAAAGAGUCAACACUCCAACGAUUAUCUUAACCAUCAACGGCACAGUAGCUCCAAACCACAUCGAGGUAGGCUGGUUGAGAUGCCCCACGCGGCCUUACUACCCAGCUCCGAUGUUGUGUUUUGAGUGUUACAACUUCGGUCACACCAAAGCACGUUGUCAACAACAAAAUCCGGUAUGUGGCAAUUGCUCGGAAAACCAUCAAAGCGAUCGUGAGAACCCUUGCAAGGCAAACGCAUUUUGUAGACGUUGUGAAUCUUCUGAGCACUCUCUGAGUUCGAGGAAAUGUCCUAAGUACAAAGUGGAGGAGGAAAUUCAACACCUACGUGUUGACUUGGGAAUUUCAUACCCAGCAGCUAAGCGAACCUUCGAGCAGCAAAGAGGCACAACUUCGUACGCAUCUAUCGCCAAGGGCGAACAGGAAAAAAAGUUUGACGAAUUGGCGACCAAAGUAGAUCAACUUCAGCAGGACAUGACAAACAAAGACAGGAAAAUCGAGGCCCUCAUGCAACAAAUCGAAGCUAGAGACCUGGAGAUAAAGAAACGUGAUACAAAAAUCGAACAGCUUGAAGCGGUCCUUCGAGAAGAGCCCCAGGAAAGGCUCUUGACGGUGCAAGAACAUGGAACUAUUGCGGACCUUCUCUGCAAGGUUAAGACCUUGGAGCAGAAUCUUGAAAAGAAGAGCCGGGAAGUCAUCACCUUACGAAAAAUUUACGCACCGGAAUCGAUCAAUAGAACCCCGCUGGUCAGUGGAACUACUUCGAAGACCGAAACUACCCAGUUGCCUACGGAAAAAAAGCGGACAUAAAGAAACAUCGGAAAAUAUAAAGCUUGGAAAGACGUCUAAAUCUGUGUCCCAGAGAAAGGAACACACUACACCCUCGAAUACCAAGAAGAAUCCAGUGACGCAAGACAGCCCAAAGUCCAAACGACAAAAAAAGGAACGCCACUCCGAACCCCUCUGAUGAGGAAAAUGACGAUACUACGCAAAUGAUUGUACCGGACAUCAUUGAAGUCGAUUAUGAAAUCUCGUCGAACGACGAAACGAUGAUCGACGACUCUCUAGCUUUCCCACAAUAGACAACAUUGACUCCCAAUUCCUGAACAGCUGAACUAAAUUUGUGAAUUUUCUCACCACUCUACUCGGAGCAAAGCGAAACUCAGCGAAAACGGACUGGGAGGAACACUAACGAAAACGAUAACACUUCUUACGGUAACGAACAAUCACGGAUCACUCAACAUCAAGACAAGAGCGAACAAAUCUCUUCACUACAAAUACAUCCAAAGUCUUCAACUCAACCAUCUCUUCCAAGCUCGGAUUCAAGAAGCAAAAACGUUUAUCAGAAGCCAGGUAUUAUACCAUCAGAAGCAAGAUGAAAUGCGCGACUAUACGAUGAAUUCCAGCUGAACACUAGGAAGAUACCUACUCCACGGCCUACAACUUCCUGGCGUACAUACAGCACCCAUGAAUCCACUACGAACAACGCCAGUAUACCGAACAGGCGGAAGACAUCUACGGUCAUCAAGAUAAUUCACGAUCUCAUCACGGCUGAUUGUAGUCACCCGGUGGAGUCACUGGGCAGUAGGGGCCCCGUCGGUGCGGAAGCCAUGGUUCCACCGGAACUGGCGGACAACCCCCUUCACCCUUUGACGGCCGGAAGAGGGACGGAAAAGGGAACUUGUUCCUAUUCCCCUAAGGAUUUCACAGGAUGCGGGAGCAAACGAGGGUCGAUGCGAGGGAAACUAAGCUCUCCCCCUCAGGACGACGUGGGAUUCAAGACCAGACUGGAACAGGAUACCGAGCCAAGCGAACCAUCAACAACACCACUGGAUGGAACUCUGCCACCGCUCGAUGGAGGGUCGAUGCGCGGGAAACCAAGCUCUCCCCCUCAGGACAACGUGGGAUUCAAUCAAUACCACUCGGAUUUGGAUGAUUCUCUUAGAGCUAGAUCAACCAGUACAGUUCACCAAUCAGUUCCUAACACCUUCGCUUUACAAUGGAACAUGAAUGGGUUCUAUAACAAUCUAGCGGAUUUGGAGAUGAUGGUAAGGGACACGUGUCCCACAGUAAUUGCCAUUCAAGAGGUCCAUCGAGCCAGUAAACUAGGACUGGACAGGUGCCUCUCCGGAACCUACAAAUGGCACCUCAAAGUGAAUCGUAACAUCUACCACUCAGUAGCUGUCGAAGUGAAAGCUUAUAGCUCUUUCGCCGUAAUCGACAUCGAUACUGCCCUUCCAGUCAUUGCAUUUCGCAUUAAUUCGCCUUUGCCUAUAUCCGUAGUAUGUUUUUACAUCCCCUGUGGUAAUAUAGAUGAACUAAACAAGCAGCUAAACGAAAUUAUGGAACAGAUUCCUGAACCAAGAAUACUCCUAGGAGACUGACACGGCCACCACCCUGCAUGGGGCAGCUCAUCCAUGAAUACACGUGGCAAAAUCAUAGCGGAUGUGGCUGAAACAACUGGUUCACUCAUUCUCAAUGAUGGAAGCAAGACAUACAUCAGCGGCCGAAGAGAAUCCACCGUCGAUAUAUCCAUGGUCAGUUUAUCAGUCGCCAGCCGCUUUCUUUGGAAAGUUCAUGACGACCCUCUUGGCAGCGACCACCGACCGAUAAUCGUCCUCCUCAACGACCAGCCUCCACAAACUUCACGUCGACCGCGCUGGAUUUAUGAUCAGGCAGACUGGGUCACAUUCCAAUCUACAAUCGACGAAGCUCUGAACACUACCGCACCGACUACCGUUUCAAACUUCGUAAAGUCAAUACACCGAAUAGCAUCAGACACUAUCCC